AUGGCGAACAGGCGUUCAGAGUCGCCCAGUGCCGCAGCAACUCGCGACGGCUGCCCCACGGCUUUCGGGUCAUUCCCUCCCGUGACUGCAGGCUUUCCCGCGUCCGGCGAGCUUCCGCGCUUGCUGGGAAAUCGCGCGGAGGCGCCGACCUUCGGGCACCGCCCGUCGCCGCUGUCUCCAGCAGCCUCUGUCUCGCGCCCUUCGUCUCCCGGCGAGGACUGCUUGCCGUGGAGGCGCGAGUCGAGUCUCGCCUUCUCGCUGACGGAAGACACCCGCGUGGCGGAAGAGACUCCUGAGAGCCACGGCGCAGUGGAGAAGGGAAAGGGUUGGCGAGGCCGCGCAGUACGCGCCACGAAAACGGGGACGGCUGGAGGCGCGCAGAGCAAGCAGGCCGCGUCGCGCGCAGGCGCAGGUACACCCGAGACGGCGGAGACCGUCGAGGGGGGACAGGGAGAGAAACGCGAAGAAGAGACACGCGGGAGUGGCCAUUUGUGGACGUUGUCGAGCACACACGAUGGACACGUACAGAGACGGGGAAACGAAGAUGGAAACCUUGCGCCUGUAGGACAAAGCUUACGGGACGCGUUGGAGCGGGAGAUAACGCGCGACGCAGAUCGGAUGGAGACGCGGACGCCCGAGGACAAACUGUUUAAAACCUUGGCGCCUGCAGGUCGUGAGGAAGAGCCACGCUGGAACAAAGCUUUAGGGGAGUCUCCCGUCGUGACGGAUGAACACGGCGUGGGUGAUCUGUGCGAGGCAGAAGAGGCGACAGGGCGAGACGGGCUCCGCCUCGAUUCGAUCCUCUGUGGGCACGACACCGCGAGCAUAGACGACAUUCGCAUGCUGCUGGUGAGAAGCCAGAUGGAUCCGUCCGUCGCGCAAAAGGUCGUCUACAAUCUUAAGGCACGCGAGAGCGUCAUCGAGCACAUGGUGGGGUACUUGGCCUUCCUCUUGGAGCGGGCCGUGGAAGGCCGCCGCGAGGUGGAUCCGAUGAAGGAAAGCGAUUUCGAGGCUUUCGCCUCCGCGGCGGGCUCCGUUCCGCCGGCGAACGAAGACGGGCGAGAGGAAGCAGCGGAGCUCUGCAGCCACCAAGAAGACGAAGACGAACACGACGAAGACGAACAAGACGAAGACGAACAAGACGAAGACGAACAAGACGAAGACGAACAAGACGAAGACGAACACGACGAAGACGAACACGACGAAGACGAACAUGACGAAGAUGAACACGACGAAGACGAAGACACCGAGGAGAAGGAUAACGGCGAUCUCACGUCCACGCAUGUCUCGUUCUCGUCUGUUCCCAAGCAUUUCCCCGAGUCGUUUCGACAACCGGAGACACAAGAACAGGCCGCGCACGUCUCGUAUGCGUCUUCUCCUUCAUCGGCGUCGCGUUCGUGUGUUUCGCCUUCUUCUUCUUCUUCUCCCUGCCCCGUUUCUCCCUGGUCGCCGUCGUGUCUGAGGAGACACGCCGCGGGAGGCGAGGAAGCGCAGGAGGGCAGAGAUGGACUGGGCGUCAGUGCGACGGCAACACCUCCGUCCGAGGGCGAAACGGAGGAGAGAGUGAACGGCGCAGCAAGUCCUCGGAAGACUGCGAAGCAGAAGGAAGAGAAGAUCGCCGAGCCUGGGCUGGAGCGGAAGCAGCGCGAGAGCCGAAAGAAAGACAAGGACGAAGCCGGCGGACGGCAGAGAGGCGCUGCGGCCCGCGUCUCGAUUGCGGAGUGGGAGAGAGCGCUGCACAGUCACAGAGAGAAAGUCGAGUUUCUGACGCAACUCAUGCAGCACGUGAAGGCUCUGCUCCUGGGAAAGAAGAGAGGUUCUUCUGGCGACCGGGACGCGGAGCGAGGCGAAGAGCUCGGGAAGGAAAACCCAGACAUCGGCACGCAGAAAUCGCGCGAUCCGACAAGCGACAUCAGCGGCGACCUCGUGGAGCUGUUGCGAACGUCGUGUUUAGACCACCAGGCAGCGCUCAGCGACUUGGUCUAUGCAGCGGAGAGGAUUCGGGUCAAGGGGGAGGAGCGGGGCACUGUCGCGCCGGGGGACGAGGCGGGAGACGGCGACCGCCGGAAAGACCGGAGAGAGACAGGAGGCACAGAAAAAAGAGAGAACGAGGACGAGGGCGCUACGGAGAAGGACAGACGCAGGCAAAUCCGUCCUCAAACGCCCGAGGAAACCCCCGAGGAAACGGCCGCGUCCCUGUGCAACGGCUCUCUCUUCCGCGAACGGCCGACGAAGCGUGGCUCGGUCUCUCCGGCUCAGCCGCAUAAUUCCUCAGGCGCGUCUGGCCCCUCAGCGGGCGCUUCGGCUUCUUGUCCGUCUUCGCCUCCGGCGGCGCCUGCGUCGAGCUCCUCGCGGGUCCCCGCGCCGCCGGGGCACGUACUGGCUGCCUCGCCGUCUCAGCCCGCGCUUGUGGGGCCUGCGGGCUUGCAACGGCAUUCGGGCCCGCCUCGCAGUCCUUCGCUCUCGUUUCUGCCGCCGCCUCCGGCGGACUCGAGCAGACUCACUUCGGGACAGGCCGUCGCGUUUUCCUCCUUCGGGCCUCCGGAACCCAGACUGGGGACUCGGCGCGUCCCGCCGCCGCCACCGUUCCCGCCGCCCCAAACUGUGUCUUUUUCCCCGGCCCCGCAUGCACGGGGGUGCGCCUACUCGUCGCCGAUCCGAGCUGCGUGGGCGGGCUCAACACCGGCUCUCGCUAUCUCGCCGAGGCCCCAGAGACCUCAGCGGCCCCCGUCGCCGCCGGUCGGCUCUGGCCCGCGGGCCUACAGCCCCCGCGCGGGCUUUCCCCCGCCCCCACCGUCCCCGCCGCAGCCCCCUCCAAGGCCCACGCCCGCGUCGCCGCAUGCGCCCUGGAGCCGCGGGGCCAGCGACGGAGCGGGGCCGCCGGGCGGCGCUUCCCACUCGAAGAGCCCACAGGAAGUGCCGGCGCCUCCUUGCUUUCCUCCCGGGAUUUCGCCGCCGAGAGGAGGGGCGCACGGUCGCCGGGGGUCUGACGCAGGCGACACUGGGCCUGUCCCCGCCUCUGGGCCUGUCCCCUCCUCUGGGCCUGCGGCGCGUCCUUCGCCCCUUUCGGCGGCCCCGCCCUUCCCUUCUUCGUCCCCUGCGCCGCCCCUGCCGUCGGCCGACGGUGGCUGCGUUCGGCCUCCACCGCCGCAGGUUGGACUCUUUGGGCGCCUGUCUUCUCCUCCGCGCUUGGCGACUUCGCCUCGCCUGCGCUCCCAGGCGCAAGUCGGUUCAGAAGGCGGGACUGUCAGGCGUGAGCGGGCCCCAGGGAAUGCGUCUCGCAAAGGCGACACCUGCAGGGGUCGGAGGGAAGAGGAGAGAGGACCGAAGGGAGGGGCUCUUCGGGCCGGGACGUCGUUCACGGCGCGGCCGAGUCCGACUCCAGAAGUCCGGAAUGGGUUCAGCGCGAGUGUGAAUCACGCGGAAGCGAGUUCGUCGUUCUCGACCUCGAUGGCUGCCUUGACCUCACGAGCUUCGGCGCUCUCUCUGUUUUCGUCAGGAGGGGCUCUCGCGUCUUCCUCGGUUUCGGCUUCUCCGACGCGCGGCAACUCCGCACCUGCUGACGAGCGCUCGCCCGUGGUGGAUCAGGAGAAACUGUAUCUUCUCCUGCUGCUUCUGCGGUCGCAGGGCGGUCAGGAGGGAGGCUCCAGGGAAGGCGAGUCUCGCCAGGACACGCGGGCGCGAGAGAGAGCGGCCCCGCGGUCCGUGACGAACCUCGCUGCUUCUGUCUUCUCGUCGCACCGGGCGCCGCGACCAGGAACCGGCGAGGCCGAGGAGGGCGGCCGCAGAAACACGUCACUCGGCUUCGCUGAUCCCGCCUGUCCGAGCGUCUCGGCCCUCUCGGCCUGCUCGCCACAGAAAACAGGGAAGCACGGAUUGCUGCAUGCGCGUGACAGUGCAGAGGGGAGAGGUGAGAGAGGCCGAGGGGACGUGUUCACGGGGACGUGCGACGAAGGACGCGCUGGUGAGCGGGAAGAGAAGAGUUUGCGCCACUGUUUGGCAGCCGACGUGUUUCCAGGCAAACAGCGCUUGCACACAGAGAACGAACGAAAGGGGCGAAAUCUGAAUUCGGACGGGAAAGGAGAGCGUGUGCGCGACGCGUCCGUGUACUCCCUUCCCGCCCACAUGCAAGUUGCGGGGCUGGCGGCGAGGCUUCGAGGGAACUUCUCCGAGGCGCAUCGCAAUGGCCUUAGCCUAGGAAUGGGGACCGCCUCUGGGGUGCGACACCCCAGCGCAGAUGAUGAGGGCCUGCGCUGUUCCGGGGUGUCUGUACAGUCAAAUCACCCCCAAGUGGUAACGCGCCCACGCACAGCCAGCGAUUCUUUGGUGACAUCUCAGGUUUUCCAGAAUGUGUUCACGCCUGCCUCGCCCCUCGGCGAUGCGUGGCCGUCUCACACUCGAAGUGUUCGCAGUUCGUUGCCUCCUGGUGCCCACCGGAGCGGAGCCUUAUCGGCUCGUUUGCUCGAAGACAGAUUCGCCCCUCCGCCGCCCCCUCCCCCGCCUCCCACAGCUUCUCCUGCUUCGCUGUCGACUUCGCUUUCUCUCUCUUCUUCUGCGGGGAUGAUGGGGUGCUUGCGGGCCUCGGCGGCGGGCCUGCCGCCUUCGGUCGCUAGCUUGUCCUUUUCUGGAGACGGGGUGGAUCUGGAGUGA